UAAAUGUCGAACUCCUAGCCCGACCCGAAAGUCCGACUCUAAAACCCUCAGGCAGGGGAAGGACGAAAAACUAUUACAUAAAUAAGAAGAAGCGCUCCGUUUGCUCCGUCUUUCAGCGUUCGGCGUCUAUAUACUGCAGAUCCAGAGUCUUUCAACAAUGAAGGUGGUCGCUGCGUUUUUGUUGGCUGUGCUGGGAGGCAACUCCAGCCCUUCCGCUGAUGACCUCAAGAACAUCUUUGCCGCCGUUGGAGCUGAAGCUGAUGACGAUAGAAUUCAGUUUUUUCUUUCGGAAGUUAAGGGUAAAGAUGUGACAGAGCUUAUUGCAUCUGGGCGAGAAAAGUUGGCCUCCGUGCCUUCUGGUGGUGGAGCCGCAGUUGCUGUUGCUGCUGCUGCCAGUGGUGGAGGCGGUGCUGCCCCUGCUGCAGCUGAGACCAAAAAAGAGGAGAAAGUGGAGGAGAAAGAGGAAUCAGAUGAUGACAUGGGCUUCAGUCUCUUUGACUAAGGGGUUGUGUUGCCUUUUCAGUUGGCAAACAUUUUUGUUUUUGUUUACAGUUUCUAAAUAGAUGUCUAAACUUUUUUCUUUGGUGUUAUUAGUUCAUAUCAAAUGGAGGAGACAUUUAACGUCUUAAAAUUGUUAUAGUCCAUAUGGUAAUGGGGGAUUUGAAUUUCUUCCAUGUGAAACUGUGAAAUUUCAUGUUUACCAGGCGAACGCUAAUCUCUAAUGAAUUACUGUUCCAACGGUGCUUGGUUUCCUCCACUGCUAUAAA